UUCUCAUGUUGAAGCUCGCGAAGAAACCCAAAAUCCCUUGGUAUCUCUCUACCUUUCCCAUAUCCAUAUAUCCCAAACCCUACGCUCAAUUCUCUUCGUCAAUUCAACAAUCGCUGCGCAGCUUCGCAGAUUGCCUCCGAAACGAUGUCGUAUCGCCCGAGCGGGAACUCCAGGACCGAGGUCCGCCGGAACCGCUACAAGGUGGCGGUGGACGCGGAGGAAGGCCGGAGACGGCGAGAAGACACCAUGGUCGAGAUCCGCAAGAACCGCAGAGAAGAGAGCUUGCAGAAGAAGAGGCGCGAGGGGCUCCAGCCUCAGCAGAUGCCUGCCUCCGUUCACUCUACUUUGGUAGAGAAGAAGUUGGAACACCUGCCAUCCAUGGUUGCUGGUGUUUGGACUGAUGAUAAUAACCUGCAACUCGAGGCCACCACUCAGUUUCGGAAGCUGCUUUCGAUUGAACGUAGUCCUCCAAUUGAGGAGGUUAUACAGACCGGUGUAGUUUCUCGCUUUGUUGAGUUCCUGAUGAGGGAAGACUUUCCGCAGCUUCAGUUUGAGGCUGCUUGGGCUUUGACAAAUAUAGCUUCUGGAACGUCUGAGAACACCAAGGUGGUGAUUGACCACGGGGCUGUCCCGAUUUUUGUGAAGCUACUUGCUUCUCCUAGUGACGAUGUUCGUGAACAGGCAGUGUGGGCAUUAGGGAAUGUCGCUGGGGAUUCUCCCAGAUGCCGUGAUCUUGUUCUUAGUCAUGGGGCUUUGCUUCCUUUGUUGGCACAAUUAAAUGAACAUGCUAAGCUUUCCAUGCUUAGAAAUGCUACCUGGACGCUUUCAAACUUCUGCAGGGGCAAGCCACAGCCUCCUUUUGAUCAGGUUAAACCUGCACUUCCUGCUCUUGCCCGCCUUAUCCAUUCAAACGACGAAGAAGUCUUGACUGAUGCGUGUUGGGCCCUAUCAUAUCUUUCUGAUGGUACAAAUGAUAAAAUUCAAGCUGUAAUUGAAGCUGGUGUUUGUCCCCGACUUGUUGAGCUUCUACUGCACCCAUCCCCUUCAGUGCUAAUUCCUGCUCUUCGAACUGUUGGAAAUAUAGUCACCGGGGAUGAUAUGCAAACUCAGAUCAUCAUCAACCAUCAGGCUCUACCUUGCCUUCUGAAUCUGUUGACCAAUAAUUAUAAGAAAAGCAUCAAGAAGGAAGCUUGUUGGACCAUAUCAAACAUCACAGCUGGAAAUAAACUGCAGAUUCAGGCAGUGAUUGAGGCUAACAUAAUUGCUCCUUUGGUCAACCUGCUUCAAAAUGCUGAGUUUGAUAUCAAGAAGGAGGCUGCUUGGGCUAUCUCAAAUGCUACAUCCGGUGGUUCUCAUGAACAAAUCAAGUACCUAGUAAGUCAAGGGUGUAUUAAGCCCUUGUGUGAUCUUCUCAUCUGUCCUGAUCCUAGGAUUGUAACAGUUUGUCUGGAAGGCCUUGAGAACAUCUUGAAGGUAGGAGAAGCUGAUAAAAAUAUAGGUAAUACUGGUGACGUGAAUCUGUAUGCCCAAAUGAUUGAUGAUGCUGAGGGGCUGGAGAAAAUUGAGAACCUGCAGAGUCAUGACAACACGGAGAUUUAUGAAAAAGCGGUGAAGAUUCUUGAGACAUACUGGUUGGAGGAGGAAGAUGAGACUAUGCCUCCAGGGGAUGCUUCUCAGUCAGGGUUCAACUUUGGUAACAGUGAGGCUCCUUCUGUGCCUUCCGGUGGAUUCAACUUUAAUUAGAAGAUAUCCAUACUCUACUGGGAUUUUUGGUCGGUGUAUCCGUGAAGUUCUCCAUUAUGACGGGACAGCAGUUGGGGGACAAGUCAAUGUCUCGUCAUUGUCCUUGGGUCUCGUACAAGGUCCAGCAAGUAAAUACAUGGUUGCUGGAUCGGCUUGGGUUUUUGCAAUGCCUGGUAUUUCAUAUCUCAUGCUGUAAAAUGCUUUGUGGCUAUAUUUUUUUUGCAACCGUAGAGAAUACUAGAAUCCUCUUUCUGUCAAGUGAUCAUUCCAUAGAGUUAAUGAAUGUUCAGUCUCGUGAUAUUUUUUCCUUUGUUUUAUGUGUCAUAGUUUGGAGUAUAAGUUACGAUUGUUGUUUUUUUGGCAAAUGCCAAAUGCUACUGCCUAUCUGUUAGUUACAAGGAACUUUGGAGUCUUUCUUUUAUCCUCUUCCUUUGUAAGUUUUUUUGAUGUUGAAGUGUUUACCCCAAAGUUCAAUUAUUCAUCAAGUUAUGUAGGCCCCCCUACAUUAUGUAGUACUUCAGCUUGGAACUACGUUCUCAAAAGAAAAUAUACUGCAAUUAUUAUGUAUUC